AUGGCAAUUCGUUCAGAAACCGUUGUACGAAUCAGUUUUCCAUAUUUGACAAAUUUGAUUGUUAGUAUGCCAUUUUUUGGCAUGAUAGCUAGUUUCAUAACUAGCGUAUUAUUUACAAAAGAACAAAUAUUUGAGUCUGAAUGUGGUUCACUUAAUUUUAUACCAUCAAUGUCUUCCGUUAUUGGCGUUUCACCUGGAAAAUAUAUUUGGCGUAUGUGUAUUGCUAUUCAUUGUUUUCCCCGAUUUCUUAUUGCUUGUCUUUAUCAUAAUCAAUUCAAUACAUGUUUACAAAAAUUAAAAAUAAGAUGGAAUCAAGCCAAUAAUAGUGCCUAUGAUGCUACAUCAAAAUUUUCUGUACAUACACUCAUGAAAUAUCUUAUAAGACUCAAUACAUGUUUAGAAAUUUGUGAAGUUAUCUGUCUCAUCUUUAUAUCAUAUAUAUCAACAAAAGAAAAUUAUACACUUCAUGAAAAAGCAUUUAUCACAUUUAUGCUUUCAUCAACAAUGAGAAUGAUUACCUGUCUCAUUUUAUUUCGUUAUCUUUUAUUUAAACCGUAUGAACGUCGUCUAAUUCGUUUAAAUCAAAAUGCUACGAGCAAACAGGAAAAUCAAAUGAAAAAUAAUUUUGAAUCAUCUUAUCGUUGGAAAUUUCGUCUAUUUUAUUCGUCAUGUUUUUUUUCGGCAAUACUCAUUUAUUUUUAUUUGAAACAUGUUUUCUAUUGUUCGAAUGGAGUUGGACAAGGAAGUACAGCAUGGAGUUAUUUUUCACUAUGUGAAUAUAUCAUUUGUAUGCUUAUAAUGGGAUAUCAUGCUACUGUAUGUUGGGAUUUUAAUCAUUUUGAAUUGACUAUUUAUAAUAAGACGACAACAAAAUUAAAUUUUUCAUUAUUAACAUCAGAAAAUGAACAAUCGGACGAGAGUGAUGUGGAUUAUAACCACAGUGAUAAUCAUUCGAAAAAAAUUGAAUAA